CUAACCAUUCAUAGGUGUGUUACGUUUGAUACUCUGUCACUUUCACGUAAAAUUUACAAAACAAACAUAAAAAAAUGAUCCUGAGAAGAACAUUUGAUUCAUUAUUUCUAAACGGUUUAAGAUGUAAUUUAGCAAGUGCUAUCCAAUUUUAUAGCGUUUUUCCACCACACUAUAUUAAACCAACUUUUAAGAAAAUAGAACAACAAGAAUUAUAUAAAAAUACAAAUGCAGAAAUAUUAGCACAUUCAUCGAUAAAACCAGCUUGUUCUUCUGAUACCUGUUCUACAUUUCAUGAUUCACUAGUUAGAAAAUUCACAAAUUAUCUUAUGAGGAAGGGUAAAAAACAAUUGGCUAGAAGCUUAGUAGAUAAAACUUUUGAAAAUAUUAAAAUAUUACAACUACAAAAAUAUCAUAAUACUUCACCUAAAGAAAGAGAACACAUUAUAUUAGAUCCAAAGGUGAUUUUCUACCAGGGAUCUUGUUAUAUGUAGGUUCCUGUACCAAUGAAUGAUAAUAGAGCAACAUUUCUAUCCAUGAAUUGGCUAAUUCGAACUGCACAAGAAAAAGGAAAUACUGAGAAGUUACCUGAUGUAUUAGCAACAGAGAUUAUUAAUGCUGCUGCAAACAAAGGUCGAGUUAUUAAGAAGAAGCAAGAUUUACACAAGCAAUGUGAAGCAAACAGAGCUUAUGCACAUUAUAGGUGGUUGUAG